AUGACUUUAGAUUCAGUUGAAGCUUAUCACAUUCUCCGUAAUGGAAUUACUGGUGGUUUAUCAAAUGUUCAACAUAGAGUAAAUCUUAAAGGAAUCACGCACAUUAAUAAACUUGCAUAUAAUCCAGAAACUAAAACUGUAUCAAAUGAGGACACCACCAACAUUAUGACUCAUUUCGUUGGUGUUGAUUUUAAUUCAUUAUAUCCUUCAUCAUUUUCAUCUAAUCCUCAUGAUUUCAUUCAAUAUACUGACCAUAAAAUGUAUAUGCCGGGAAGAUUGAAUGGUGUUAUCAUUUGUGAUACAGCAACAAAGAAAGCAAAAGCACUGGGAAUAAUUAAGAAGAAAAAUACUUUAUUCGUGGCUGAAGUAAAGGGUCACAUUGAUGAAAAAUACAUUAAUGAUUACAUAAACUUUUUACCGAUAAUAAGAAACUUAGAUAUUAUCACAGAUGAAAAAACAAUUGGCAGUUUUAUGUAUAAUUACAUGAAAUCAAACAAUCUACCGGUUGACCAGAAACAGAGGAAAUUAACUCAGUUAGCAUCAACACACAACCAAUAUC